AUGAAAUACACACUUGUUUUCCUUCUGGCCCUGACCCUGGUCCUUUUGAUGGGCCAAAAAUGCUGGGCUGCUCCCUCGGCCGAUGAUUUGGCCAAGUUUGGGGAAAUGGAGCGUACCAUCAAGGAGCUAACCAGUUCGAUCCUGGCCAUGAGUGGAGCUACGCCGGGUCUUAAUCCUGGCGUUAGAAAUGGAAAUAAUGUUUGGCCUGAAGAUCUGCAGGCCUAGGUUUUGGACGCAUCCAAUUCGCUCGGUCUACUAAAUCGUGUUUAGCAGCUCUGCAGUUUA